GGUGGUAGGGAAAGCAGACGCCAGAUGGUCCGCGAAUAAGAGGGCAACCCUCAAAGCCUGAGUUUCGUUCCUCCAGUGAGUCCUCCGCUCUCUCAAAAUAUCGCAAUUACUCGUCAGGAUUCGGGGGGUUCCUUUCCCUUUCUUACCACUCUCUCUCACACACCAACAAAAGGUAUACAGAUAUAACGUAAGCGAAUUUGAAUCUCUGCAUAGACGGAUAUACUUAUUUCCAUAGAGGGAGAGAGGGGGAGGGAUCUUGAUUGAAGGAGAGAAAAUGUCGAAGAAGAAAGCUUUCAGUGGCAACACUAUGACUCUCAAGGACUUUCAUGGUGGUUCUAUCCCAUCUGAUCUUCCUCUUCCUUCUGCUCCUGGUGUGGUUGUUAGAUCGUCGGAGUGGUCUGGUUACGACCGAUCAAAUUCAUGGGGAGGGCCUAUUUCUCGACCUGAUCACCGGGCCCGGCCUAAUUCGUCCCCUGCUAUUAGGCAUUUAGAUGAUAAAACUCCAUUUCUCAGUCAUACAACUCAUAUUGGCCGUCACUUUGAUGAGGAUGAACGCAAGCCUUUAGAUGGUGUUUCAGGCCCACGCCGGACAGUCAGUGAUGAGAGCUUUCGAGUCCCACCUAGCAGAGUGGAGCUGAAGCCUGAGCCUGUGUUGAGUGGGAGGGUGUCUGGUUCAGUCUCAGUAACACAGGUUGCAAGUUCAUACUCAGGGACGGUUAGUGAUGGGGCUCAUAUGGGGCCGAGUAUGCAAAAUGUUGGGGGUAAUAUUGGGCAUAGCGUUGGGGCGUCACACCCAAAUGUAUGGGCAGCCCGGAAGGAGAUGGCAGUGGGUGUUAAUGAGCCAGUACAAUCGGCAUGGUCAGGCGUCAGUGCUGUUUCAAAGUUAGCUCAUGCAAGUGCCCUUGAAAAGGUGUCUUCAGGUAGAUGGCAGACAAAGCAUUCUAGUCACUAUCAAACAGAUGUUGAGGUUAUUGAAGAUUUCGAAGCAGAAAAGAUAACAAGUUCUGGAGGUCAUGAUGGUUAUGCUUACAAUAGGAUGGAUGCAGUGGGUGGGAGAGAAUAUUCUGAUGCAACAUUGGCAAGGCAUGUGGAAAGGGGCUUGAAAAUUGAGGAUGGGAUCCAAAAUGGUAGAAAGGAAUACAUUGAUCAUGAAUCAACGAGGGCUGCUUCAUAUGCAGAGUUAAAAGAGAGGAACCUACCAGUGCAUGAUGACAGGGUUCAACCACCACGUACUGAUGUCAGAAUUUGUGGGCCCGAAUUGCUACCGUCUGUGCCAUCUGAAGCAUUAGAACGACCUAAGGUGAAGUUGCUGCCAAGAACAAAGCCAAUGGAAACUCCAGAACCUUCUAUUAUUGAUCAUAAGCAGGGAUACAAAGAGCUGAAUAACUCUGCUAAUGUUCACAUUGAAACUAGAGAAUUGCGGGGAAAUAAUACCAAUGCAGCAAAGUCUGGUACAGCUGGUUUGGAGAGUGAUAAUCAGGUGAUAGAGCGGCCAAAAUUGAAUUUGAAGCCGCGGUCACAACCUCUUGAACAAUCAGAAGGGAAUAGAGAAAUGGGAAGGGAUGCAUUGUUUGGUGGUGCACGACCACGAGAAGUUGUUCUGAAGGAGCGAGGAAUUGAUGAUGCUGCUUUAAGCAACCAUGACUUGGGUCAUCAUCCGGAUAGGAUCAAGCAAAAUGUUUCCAAGACCGAGAGAGUUCCUGAGCAUGCAGUUGCUGGUGAAAAGACUGACAAUUUGCCACUGGAUCAAAAGGCUGGAAAGAAAUUUGAGAAGAAGGAGCAGUGGGUGGAUGUUGAGAGAGUUGAUAAGCAGAGGAGGAAUUGGCGAAAUGAGAACUGGAGAAACAGUAGGGAGACUGAGAGGCAGCAGCAGCAGCAGCAGCAGCUGCCACAAAUGCCUCAGGAGAGGCCUCCUUCGCCAGAAAGCUGGCGCAAACCCGUCGAGCAACCAAAACCAGCCUCCCCUGAUUCUGCUAGUUUGCGGUAUGGAAAAACAGCUUCAGCCUUGGAGCUGGCACAAGCAUUCUCUAAAUCCUUCUCAGAUCCAAAAACAGCUGAUCAGUAUUCUGGUCAAAGGAGCUUCCCUGGCAAGACCCAGAUGCCUUUUUCGCGGCUGAUGGGUCCAACACCGAGGCCUCAGAUAAAUGGCUACUAAAUUUUGAGGCGUUAUGGCCUGUUGGGUGUCUGGUGAGAAGAAGUCUUUCGUAUUUCAGCAUCAUUAGAUAGGUGCAAGUUGUAGCUUACGCACAUCUCACUGAUCAAACCAAAUGAGUGUGCGCUAUAUACUUACAUCUCUGAGCAAAAUUGAUGGCCUUUUGAAUUGUUGUGAUCCUUCAGCUUCUGAUGGCGCUGCCCUUUGCGCGUCAUGACCCAAUGUCAUUUUCUGUUCUUUUCUUCUAUUUCUUAUUUGUCUCUUGAUUACUGUACCCUUCAUUUUUUUAGAAAGAGAAAGUGGUAUGUGUUGCUUAUUUAUAAUUGAAAAUUUAGGCUUUUCGUGAUUUUACUGAA